AAUUAGUGGGAAUCGGUUCUUGAACGCGACCGGUACAUAGAGUCGAUUCAUUCGCGAGUCGGACAUCAUUUCAACUUCACAACUCGGCGCUCGGAGCAGAAGAGCCGCCUCAGGAGCUUCACACACGACACGGAGCUGGACAGACGGUGAAGUUUGAUACGGGGAGUCGGAGAACGGCGUCCACUCAGACUGUUUCUGUUCGGACGCGGCUGAAAUGUGUUUAUUUUGAGCCAUGCUCGAGUUUGGGACUCGCUUUCGCCUGACUGAAACAUAUUUGGCGACUCGUUGAAUUGACUUGAAGAAAAGUGGGACUCGCAGGUAGACACGCGGACUUUCUCACAGCCUUAUGAAGACAGCAGAGGUCCCAGGCUCCUGGCCUUGGUCUGCAGGCCAUGCUGUGGCAGGACUGUAAGGGUGUGGAGGCUGGCUGUGGGGGCAAAAGGCGUUUGCGUUCAACUGUCAUCGCCAUGAGGCUGCCGUGCUCCUUUUGGUUCCUGCUGCUGUUCAGCACUGGAGGCCUGCUGCUCCUGCUGCAUCUACAGGACCUUACAGAGACCAUUCAGCAAGGCCCAGGUGCAAAGCUGAUAUUUCCCCACGGGCAGCUUGUGAGUAAGGAUCAGUGCCCUCAUUGUGCAGAUGCUGAAAUUCAGGCUUCCAUCCAGCCAGCAAAGCUCUUCCUCCAAGCCCCCCGGUCUUCUCUCCUCAACCCCAGAGACAUCACAGCGCAGGUCACAAAGAACCACCGCAAGCUCCUCCUGAAGAGCUCCUCUCCUCUACUGCAGCUCAGCAGCACCCCUGCUGGCCGAGCCAAGAACAGCAUCAGUAGACUGACCAGGGUCCAGCGGUCCCGUAGGAAACUGAUGAGAGAGGUUUGUGCCAAAUACAGGAGCAGCAACAUCGCACGGGCCGUGACCCGCCAGCACGUGUCCCGCAUCUACGUGGAGGACACGCACAAGCUCCUGUACUGUGAGGUCCCCAAAGCAGGCUGUUCCAACUGGAAGCGCGUGCUGAUGGUUCUGCAGGGUCAGGCAGCCUCAACCGGGGAGAUUCAGCACGAGCAGGUCCACUACGGGAACCACCUGAAGAGACUGGACUCCUUCAAUCAUCAGGGCAUCGCCCAUCGUCUGGAGACCUACACCAAAGUGCUCUUCUUGAGGGAACCCUUCGAGAGGCUUGUGUCUGCGUUUCGGGACAAGUUUGAGAGUCCAAAUUCGUACUACCACCCGGUCUUCGGAAAGCCCAUCAUCUCCAGAUAUCGCAGCAACGCUUCACAGACUGCCUUACGCACAGGGGAGGGAGUGACCUUCAAGGAGUUCAUCCAGUACCUGCUAGACGUUCACCGGCCAGUGGGCAUGGACAUCCACUGGGAACCGGUAGUGCAGCUGUGCAGUCCCUGCCUGAUAGACUACGACUUCAUAGGCAAGUUUGAGACGAUAGAAGAAGAAGCCAAUUUUCUCUUGAGGCGAAUUGGAGCCCCAGCAAAUCUCACGUUCCCCAGUUUUAAAGACAGGAACCCAAACGCAGCGAGAACUUCCUCACGAAUCACACAGGAGUAUUUUGCAGGGCUGAACUUGACAGAGAGGCAGAGAACUUAUGACUUUUUCUUCAUGGAUUAUCUAAUGUUCAACUAUUCCAAGCCGUUUGAAGAUUUGUACUGAGAACACUGGAGUGAGGAGUUUGUGAAUGUACUGUAUAAAUAUAUAUAUAUAUAUACUGACAGCUGUUCCCUUACUGUUGGUCUGAUGUUGGUGUUUUGUUUUGUUUUAAGUCAAUCAACUCAUUACUUUGUGAAAGUGUGUUUAAAUAACUUAUUUUAUAUUUAUAUUUAAAAGACUUUAUUUACAACUUAGUAGUAAUUCUUGUAUACAAUGGCAGGCUGGUUCUUGCACAUUGAUUACAAUGUUCACAGAGCAGAAAUGUUCUUCAGGAUCAAGAUCAGUCUCGAAUUUUGUGAGUCUACCAACAAGAACAAAGUAUGGUUUAUUGUCUGUAGAUUUCAACACAGUUUAUGGUGUCCCACAGUGCUAUAAUAGGAUUGAACCCCUCAAGGUAGGUAGAUAGCACCCUCUCCCCACAUCACGCCAACGGAAAGGGUGGUGUCGAUCAGCACAAGGCAUCUGUGAGCUGAUGUAUCAGAAGUCGCUGCGCUUUCCUCCAAGCAUGUUGUGACGCUACUUGGCAAUGCUGCAUCAGCAGAAGUUUGAAAAGAGGCGAUGUCUGAUUCACAUGUAUCAGAGGAGGCAUAUGCUAGUCUUCACUCUCCUGGUGUUGGGGCAUCACUGGUGAUAGCGCGAGUCCUAAGGAGUGGGUUGGGUAAUUGGUUGUGUAAAUUAGGGAGAAAAUGGUAUAAAAAUUAGAAGAAAAAAAAAAAAGGCUUGAAUGCAUGUAAAUUAAUCAUGCAGUGUUACUUCAGGGGAUGUUUUGGGAUAUCCACAACCUGUAUAAGGUGUGAUGUGUUUCCUUGUAAAAAAAAGGCUGGUCUGAACACUGGUCUGUGUUCUCCUGGCAGAGCGAUUUGUGAAUUAGCCGAGUUCGAACAAAGUUGUGCAGGCGUUUAACAUUCCUUAAUGUCAUAGAUGACGUUACCACCCACAGUGGACAGUGCAGUGUGUGGUAAUGAGAUGUGUGACUGGUAGCCAGAAUUGUUUGUGCAAACAGACAAGAGACUAAGACAGACAUCACAUCCCCAUUCAAACAGUGCAGCUUUUAGCUUUUUGGGACAUGACAAAAGUCAUGGGAAACGGUACUAGUCAGUCAAAUACAUGUCAGUGUAUCUGAUACGUACUGUGUGAAUGCGUAGAAAUAGAACAAUUGUUAAUCAUUCUUUUAUAAUAUGAAUGUAUAACUAGUGUUCUAUACAGCCCCUAAAACAUGGUCUAGCAGGAUGUUAGCCUUACAGUCUGCAGAUCCAGGAGCUGGAUAAGAGAAAUCAUUUCUUACUGUACAGAACAGAUUUGUACCUCAUGAAUCAACUGCAUUGUCUUAAUGUUAAGCUUUGUGUAUUAUCUCUUUGCCAUUGCCUUUUUACUCUUAAUGGACUGUCUUGUAUUAAGAUGAGAUCCUGUCAAUAAUUUUGAGUACAGCUACCUUUUAACCAAAUAAACACAUUUUAUGUGAAAUUUUAUUGAUGAUAUUUGAUAAACGAUUAAAAUUCAUAUCCCUUGCUUUUUGCAUUUC